AUGGGCGCGUCGUUGUCGAACCUGACGGAGGGACCGAACGGUGCGGCCAUAGGUGGUCCUGGGUUAGGGGACAUACCCGAGAACUGUGUGGCUUGUGUAUUCAUGUACUUGACGCCUCCUGAGAUUUGCAAUCUGGCUCGAUUAAACCGUGCUUUUCGAGGAGCGGCUUCUUCCGAUUCCGUUUGGGAAAACAAGUUGCCUUCUAAUUAUCAGGAUCUGCUCCAUUACCUCCCUCUUGAUAGAUUCCUCAGUUUCUCCAAAAAAGACAUAUUUGCCCACCUCUCUCGCCCUCUCCUUUUCGAUGACGGCAAUAAGGAGGUGUGGCUGGAUAGAGUGACAGGAAGGGUUUGUAUGUCAAUAUCGGCGAAAGGGAUGGCAAUUACGGGAAUUGAAGACCGUAGAUAUUGGACUUGGGUUCCUACUGAAGAAUCUAGAUUCCAUGUGGUGGCCUAUUUGCAACAAAUAUGGUGGUUUGAAGUGGAUGGAGUUGUAAAGUUCCCUUUCCCUGCUGACAUUUAUACCAUAUACUUCAGGCUUCACCUUGGAAGAUUUUCCAAAAGACUGGGACGGCGUGUGUGCAAUUUUGACCACACCCAUGGUUGGGAUAUAAAGCCAGUACGGUUUGAGUUGUCUGCUUCUGAUGGUCAGCAAGCAUCUUGUGAGUUCUGUUUAGACGAGACUGAACAAGAUGAAGCAAAUGGCAACCAGAAGCGUGGAUGCUGGAUAGAUUACAAGGUAGGUGACUUUAUUGUGACGGACUCGGAACCUGCAACUGAGGUCAAAUUUUCCAUGAAACAGAUUGAUUGCACACAUUCCAAAGGUGGGCUUUGUGUAGAUUCUGUAUUUAUUAUCCCCAGUGACCUGAAAGAGCGCAGAAGAAGAAGGAUUUUGAAGUAG